AACCCAGGUCUUAAUAAAGUUAGUAAUUACAAGUGGAGCUUCAGCUCUUCUGCGCGGCAUUAUUGUCACUCAUGACUCAGGAUGCAUCAACGGUUGAAAAGGGGCCGAUCCCCCACCGGAAUACCAAAUACCACCGGCAACAGAAGGAAGAAUUUGAUGAAAGAAAGACGUGAUGGAUUCGGCACCCACCACUUCAUCUAAUAAUCCUGAUCUCCUAUUAUGUCAUGCAUGCGGCCUCACAUUUAGUCGUUUGGAUCACCUAACUCGUCAUAUCCGCUCGUCCCAUGAGCGUGGGAAGUCAUUUCCAUGCCAGCUCUGUGGCAAGGCGUUUUCCAGGAGGGACUCUUUAUCGCGUCAUCACCGGAGCCAUGAGGCAGAUCGCCGAAUAAGGCGAUCAAAAGAGCAUGGAUCAAAAUCACCCCUUGAGAGGAUUUCCCACGCAUGUAUCAGUUGCGCGAAGUCGAAAGUACGCUGCGAUACCGCCCAACCAUGCCGACGCUGCUCCGUAUACAAACGUCGGUGUGUUCGAGUGCCACCCCGUCGUAAGUUUCCGUCUCUUCAGGGCGACUCGAGCGACUCAUCCACCUUGGAAGCGUUGCCAGGAUGCCGAAUCGCGACCGAUGUGGCCAACCUUUCCCAGCAAGCAGAAUCCAUAUUCGUCAGUCAUGACGCGACCUCAGCCAAUGUUCAGGAUCGACAGAGUGAGAACAUGGCCGCCUUAAACAAAGAGGCAGCUGACUCUACAACCAACGCUAAUCAGAGAAAUCUGGUAAACAUGCUGCGAUCUCCGAUUCUGAAUGGCACCGACUGCGACCAAAAAACAACAUACAACAAUGUGGAAAGCAGUGAGCAAAGCGACGACAAGGACAUGCCGGAAAAAGUUCUUCCGCGGACCCAACGUGUGAACGAGAACCAAUUUACUUGUUUAAAUCAGCCGCGGUUCCUGUUUACCGGCGAUCUUGACAUUACUAAUUGGUUGCCACUGGAUUUCUCGGACCUUUCGCUUCCAGUCUUUGACAAUGCCUCUGCAUCCGCAAGUACUUCAAUUCCAUGGUAUACUGCUACUACUACUGCCUUUCCAGCAGGCUCUGAGUCGCAGCUAGCUAAGACUCCAUCAAUAUCAAGGGACGUGAUGCAGCAGGCAGAUAAUUCCAAUGCUGCCACCGUGGCACCCGGUCAAAGCCAAGCUCCCUGUGUCGAUAAUGAUAGGCCCCAAGAUUUCUUCCACAAGACGGUGGAAUUCAAUGACCUUGCUCGAAGCUCUCAAGACACGCAGAGUGCUAAGGGUGGUAGGCCUGGUAUUUCGUCAUUAUUUCCGAGGGUCGACAGCGCAGAGCUCGAGGCUUUGCUACAUAAAGCUGAUCCAGUCGAAUACAUCUCGGAGCAUACGUACAAUGUUAUACGUGAACAAGUUUGGAUGGUCCGCGUUCUACGUCCUGCAGAGACUGAGCUAGAACACUCGUUUCCACCGCGACCGCUGGUCAACUGCUUCAUCCAGCUCUAUUUCCAGCACUUUCACCAUUUAUUUCCCAUCAUUCAUCAGCCAACGUUUCCUCUGGCACAGGCGCAUUGGGUUGAAGUGCUUGCCGUCGCCACUAUUGGAUGCCGCUUCUCCAAGCUUCAGGCUUCUUCAGAAAUUGGGAAGGCAAUGUCGGCUCUACUUCACAUGUCGAUAUCACAUUUGAUUGAAUUUGAGGGCUGGAUCGUUCGCACCCUAUCUUUCACGACCACGAUUCUCCUUAACCAAUUUUCUCUGACGUACAGCGGAAGCAGAAUAUUACUGGAAGCCAGUUUAGCUUUGGGGAAUGCCGCGACAACCGCGUGUCGUCGAAAUAAUUACUUAGAGCAAGGAAAAUCUACAGUAAUGGUCGACAAAACCACCGACGGCGCUACCCUCGAAGAUAUGUGGACCAAAUGGGUGGGCGAGGAAAGCCGCCGGCGGAAUGGCUUUGGAUGCUGGAUACUUCAGUGCCAACUCUCGCUUCAAUUCAACCUUCCUGGAUCUAUGAGGCUCCCGGAGAUGAAGGCCGCGCUGCCCUGCCCGGAUGAUUUGUGGGAAGCAUCAACGGCCACCAAGUGGAAGGCACAUUACUUAUGCUACCAAAAGGAAGCACUUUCUCCAAUCACGGCGGCUAACUGUCUUCAUCGUCUCAUCGGCAACAGCGAAUUUCCAGACGGUGUGGGGAACUUUGGCAGACUUGCAUUAGUUUAUGCAGUAUACGAGACAGCAUUUGAAUGGCGGACGUCGUUUGAAAAUCCUCUUCACCACUGGCUCGGUCUUCAUGGGUCAAUUAUACAAGGAACAAAGCAUUUUGACUGGAAAGAAAAUCUAUGCACCUUCCUUGAAAGUCUUCAGCCAACGCGGGAAGAAUCAGAAACCCGAUCAACAACGGACCCCCACUCACGAGUGCCGCAUCAUAUUCUAACAGUGAUACAGCACGCGGCUCUUUGUACUUAUAUUCCGAUUAGCGAUAUCCUUGUCUUCAUCAACCCGGGCUCUACCUCCGAGAAGUGCGAAGCGGAGCAUAGACUCCAUAGAUGGUUCUCCGACGACUAUGGCCGUACCGCUCGACGUGCCGUAUUAUACGCUUGCAGGCUGUUUGCGUUAGUCCGAGAUUGCUCGUGUUUGAGCUCUCAAGAGCCCAUCGCGUUACUUGCAUCAACCUUGACAAUCUGGCUAUACAGCCAUAUGAAACCGCCUUCUCAAAAGGCGGACAUAAAUGUACGCACGUACCAAUAUACGUGUGAGCUGGACAAGACAUGGGAUACAAGAGAUAUCGAAGCAUGGAUUGAUGGACAUCCCAACGCAGCGGUAGGGGGCCUCCUAACCGGCGUUGGUAACAUCAGUCUCCCGGAGACAGGCCAGAGAGCACUCAGAGUAGCGAGCGGUUCCCUUUUAGGCUUGACGGCAUGGGGGUUGAGCAAAGGUUUCGCUCAAUUUUUAGAUUCACUGCAGGAGAAUUGAUUGAAAGUUAUGAACAAGUCCAGCUGUGAGAACACAGGGUAGAUUGGGAGUCGUCAGGGUGGCGCUCGAUUGACACGCGGCUAUGGUAUACUACGUACUCCGUUGACACCCUUUCAGAGAGGGUGCUUACUCUUUUGGAAGCG